GCUGUCACAGAUAGCAAGCAAGCCAGUGUGUUACACCGUCAGACCUCUGAGAGCUGCUGUUUUUCUCACAGGAGCCUAACUCACUCAACCAGUCACCAACUCUCCUUCAAAACUCUGCUUUCCGUGCCGCCUCCCUCCCCCGGACUUUGAUCUCUGUCUCCGUGGGCGGUGUGCAGAGGUGCAACACUACACCUCAGCUCCAGAGACGUAUCGAGCCUAUUUUUAACCGGAUAUUCCAAGCGAUCAAGAGAGAGCCGGCGGCGAGAUGGAGGCGACCACGGAGAGCUACUACUACGACUACGACGAGUCGGAGAACGCCACCAUGUGCGACUACUCCGAGUGGGAGCCCUCCUACUCCGUCAUCCCCGUCCUCUACAUGCUCAUCUUCAUCCUGGGCCUGUCGGGCAACGGCGUGGUGAUCUUCACCGUGUGGCGCGCGCAGGGCAAGUGGCGUGCCACCGACGUCUACAUCGGCAACCUGGCCCUGGCCGACCUCACCUUCGUGGUCACCCUGCCCCUGUGGGCCGUGUACACGGCGCUGGGCUACCACUGGCCCUUCGGCGAGGUGCUGUGCAAGAUCAGCAGCUACGUGGUGCUGCUCAACAUGUACGCCAGCGUCUUCUGCCUCACCUGCAUGAGCCUGGACCGCUACCUGGCCAUCGUGCACUCGCUCUCCAGCACGCAGCUGCGCACGCGGGGCUACAUGCAGAUGUCGCUCACCGCCAUCUGGGUGCUGUCCUGCCUGCUGGCGGCGCCCACCCUGGUGUUCCGCACCACGCAGCACGACGACGUCAGCAACCGCACGUCCUGCGUCAUGGACUUCAGCCUGGUGGUCACCGACAAGGAGCAGGAGAACGUGUGGGUGGCGAGCCUCAGCAUGUCCUCGUCGGCGCUGGGCUUCCUGCUGCCCUUCCUGGCCAUGAUGGUGUGCUACUGCUUCAUCGGCUGCACCGUCACGCGCCACUUCAACACGCUGCGCAAGGAGGACCAGCGCAAGCGGCGCCUGCUGAAGAUCAUCACCACGCUGGUGGUGGUGUUCGCCGUGUGCUGGACGCCCUUCCACGUGGUGAAGAGCGCCGACGCGCUCUCCUACCUCAACCUGGCGCCGGGCACCUGCGCUUUCCUGCGCUUCCUGCUGCUGGCGCACCCGUACGCCACCUGCCUGGCCUACGUCAACAGCUGCCUCAACCCCUUCCUCUACGCCUUCUUCGACCUGCGCUUUCGCUCCCAGUGCCUGUGCCUGCUCAACCUGAAGAAGGCCCUGCACGCUAGCCCCGCCGGCUCCCUGUCCUCCCAGAAGACCGAGGCCCAGUCUCUGGCCACCAAGGUGUGACCGCGUCCGCGGCGUCCAACCCGGUGGUGCAUCAUGGGUAUGGUGAUGCAUGGAGAGAGAGAGAGAGAGAGAGAGAGACAGAGAGACCGAGAGACAGAGAGAGAGGGAGAAUAAGUGGAGAGACUUGAUGUGUUGGUAUGCACACUCUGAGACAUUUCAGCGACGGCCUGAAGAUCACGUCCAGCGUGUCCUCGCCUGGUCCCCCCAGGGUGACCCAGUGGACUGGUGUGGUGGGGUGUUGGGUUACACCCCCCCUAAACCCCCCUGCGGUGACUGAGACGUUCAGAGCCAACGCACGGGAGCCACUUCGUGAAGGUUGCAACAUGCCGGGCAGACGUCACGAAACACACUUGUUUGUUGUGGAGAAGUUGGGAAUCGGUUUUGUGGGGGACUUAAGAGCUAAGAACUUGGGACUUAACGUCUGGACGUCUUUGUCCUCUCGAAGACUUCCACACACACAACAACACACACUGAAAACACACACACACACAUAACACCGGUCAUGUCAUCUGCAAGCACUUAAGCCUUGACAUCAAAUAGAUCGCUGCUCCCCAUUUGACCAGUUUACACAGCCAGUCAGAUGAAGGUGUGCAUGUGUGAGUAGUACCAGGGUGCGAGUUAAAGGUGUUACAGUCAGAUAAUACCGCAAAUGUGAGCAUAGUGUUGUAAGGAGAGACGGGGGGAGGGGGUCCCAGACGGACAGAUGGGACGCGAUGACAAAUGUUUUCCUACGGGUAGAAGACAACCCAAUUAAGACUGCUUCAAAAGACUGUGUGUGUGUGUGUGUGUGUGUGUGUAUGUGUGUGUGUGUGUGUGUGUGUGUGUGUGUGUAUGAGUGUGUGUCUGUGUCUGUGUGUGCGUGUGAAGUAAGAAUGUAUUUGUAUAUUCCUCUCUCUAAUGACUUAGAAUGAGGCUCUUUCAAAUCUGUAUAUAAUGUGAAUAUGAAUUGUACUCAUGUUUAUGAUUUUUAAUAAAAGGUGCUUUAACCAAAAGCGAUUCCC